AUGGACGAUACACCCGAUCUCGAUACAAACGCCUUCUUGGAGAGUGUGCGUGAACUCAAGGAGAAGAGACAAAGGGAAGACAAUGAGCGUCAGGAGCAAUUGGAGGCGCAGAUCGCAAGUUCACGACUUGCUCGGAAGCUGGAGAGCGAGCGAGGCAUGUCGUCACCCUCAAUGUCACCGUCAACGAGCCCGCACAGGGCUUCUCCUAGCAGCGCCGUACCCUCUCGUGCCAGCACUCUUUCGCGCCCACCCCGCAGUCGCCCCAUGUCUGUCGAUAUGGGCUCACCCACCAGGGCCUCGUCGGUCAGGCCCAUGAGUAUGAUGUCUAUCCCCGAGAAGGGCACUCCUCUGCCUUCUCGUGACUCGCAACGCUUUGCUGCGCCAGACAGCGCCGAUGCUCUCAGCCGUACCAUGUCCAGCGCGCAGAGCCGUCUGGAUCGACCCAGUUCGCCGACCAAGGGCAUGGGUGGCUUUGUGCAGAGUGCCAUGCUGAAGCGCAACGACAGUGUCAACAAGAGAUGGAGUGUCACAGCUGGUCCAUCAUCCCUGGCUCGUAACGAUUCAACUGCCAGUUUCCGCAGCGCUGCCAAUGCUGAUGACACUCCUACUCGCCCAUCAUCAAGCCAUAGUACCAUAAGCAACCUCAACAUCGGCCCCGACUCAGAUAACAAGGAGGAAAAGCCUGAGAGAACAACCACCACUAGGCACUCGCGCUCGAGAUCGAUGGCUUCCUUCUCGGGCCAAGAACCCAUUCCUGAAGGCCUCAUGUCUCCACCACUCAGCCCAAACAAGAGAUGGAGCCGUAGUCCCACCAAAGCUAGUUGGCUUGAGAGUGCUCUUACUCGUCCAGAAUCUCCCAAGCCGCUUGCAUCACCACAAUCGACUCAGCCUAGUUGGAUGGCGGACCUUGCAAAGGCAAAACAGCAACGCGGCAACGCCGAGGCUUCACCAUCGCAGGAAAACAUCGAUGCCGCAAAAGCCCAGGACACGCCUACCUUUGGCCAGGGUUUACUAAAGAGAUCGUCUAUGAGAAACACUCCCACACAUUCUCCCAGCGCAUCCAGAAACGUCACACCUCCCACAAAGGCCAAGCCUAUCUCGCUUGCAGGCAAAUCUGCUCUACCAGGAGCCUCCACCCCUUCGCUCGAUUUGACGCCCAAAUUAUCCGAAAAGACAGAACUAGAGAAGCAGGAGCCAACCAAGGAGGUAUCGAAGAACGAGGAAAUCGAGCAGAACAUCUCUAAGGAGCAAGAAUCAUUGGACAACCAUCAUACCGACAAGAGCAAGGAGAAUACACUGAAGAAGGAAGAACCUGCCAAGCCGACACCCUCAAAACCGACCGCACUCUCCUCUAAGUUCACAGAGAAGGAGCUAGUCAAGCCAGCUGCUCAGAAACCGAGUUCGCUAUCAUCGGUUCCUCAUCUGCCGCCUAAGCCGCAAGCUCUCGACCCUGUCAAACCCGCCGCUUCGUCAUCGCCUAGGUUCCCUACUUUGAAAUCUCCAGAAUUAAGGUCAGGUGAAUUCAAAUCACCCGAAUUGAAACAAGAGACCACACCGAAGACCGAUUUCCGCUCAGGCUUAAAAUCACGAAGUGGUACCAUUGGCCCGCAGACAGAGCAGGAGCCGGAGUUCAAGGCUUUGUUCGGCAAACUCAAGAAAGCUCAGACUGAGAAGUACGUGGCACCUGACGAGCUAAAGAACAACAUUCUUCGCGGCAAAGCAGGUCUGUCUCUCAGCGCCGGUCCACAGAAAACAGAGCGGCGUGAUGAGCUCAAGGAGAGUUUGUUGAAGAAGAAGGAAGAAAUGACUAAGGCAGCUGCGGAGAAGCCUGCACCAGAACCAAAGGUUUCUCCAGCUCCUUCAUCUGUGCCAGAGGCACUCUCUGUUCGAAAGCAGCUUGGCCGGUCAAACAGCACACUCAACAUUCCUGCUCCUGCAAAGUCACAUCGAGACAUUACGCCUGAGGCUCUGUCAUUCCACAAGAAUCUUAGAGGGAAGCCUAAGGCACCCGUCCCCGAGAAGAGAAGUAGCGUUACCGAGAAGGCUGAACUCAAGCGCGCUUCCAUGGAAUCAAAGCCAUCUUCUGUUGCUGAUGAGGAACCCGCGGAAUCAGCACCCAAAACCGAGGACAAACCCGGACCGGAAACGAAAGAGCUUCCUAAGCCAGAGACACGUGAGCCUACCAAGCCAGCAGCACAAGAGCUUCCUAAACGAUUACAGCAGGAGUCUUCUAAACCCCAGGUGCAAACGAGACCUAUGUCGAACAAGAUCGCCGACAGAUUCAACCCAGCUCUAGCAGGACUAUUAGCGCGUGGCCCGCCGAGUACGUCAAACACUCCGCCAUCAGGAAGUCCCUUCUCCCCUCCUGCAAUCAGUCGUGUGUCUUCUGCGCAAGAUGAGCCAGGCGAGGGUACUCAGCUCACUCACAUGACCAAGAGUCGUGCUAAAGGACCGAAGAGACGCAAGCCGAAAUCAAGUGCGCCGGAGACCACUACCAAAGCCACGCCUGCACCCGAAAAGCGCGUUUCUUCUAUUGCGGCUACUUCUGAGAAGCGUCGUAUCUCCUCAAUCAACCUGCCAUCACCAAGUUCGCCCACGACUAAGACUCCUGUGCAACCUCGACCCAAGUCUGCGGCUGUAAGAGCUGCAUCAAUCAAUCUCUCGAAGCCACAAAUCGGCGAGGCAGAGAAACCCAAAACUCCCACUCCGACAAAGUCAAUGACAUUCCCUCCCGUUCAAGCAGAUAAGCCUACGACUCCUGUGUCAGCGAGAUCCUCUCUCGAAGUGGCCACGACCACCGGUGCAGAGAAGCCCAAGCCCAUCACGUCUGCAAAGCCAGCACUGAGUACACCUGCUUCCGCAACCACUGAUAAGUCGGAGUCGCCUGCCCCUUUCAAGCUGCCCCUUCGUACCUCUUCAGCUGCUUCCCCAGUGAGCAAAGAACCUGUAUCUGGCCUUGUUUCUCCUACGUCUGCCUCUCGCCAAGCCUCUGGUUUCAGUCGAGCACUCCCAGGCAAGGCUCUUCCAGGAAUGGCUACUGCUGUGUCAAGGUCACAGGACAAGCCUCUACCAUCAGUGAACGCGACUGAGGCGGAUAAGGAGAACCAAAGUGUUUCAUCAGUCAAGAGUGCUGCCUCGAUGUGGGGAAAGACUGCACAGACGACACCACAAAAGCGUGCUCCCAUAGAGCUCCCCACUAAGAAGGACGAAGAGGCGGCGAUGUUAUCUGCUGGACUCCUCUCCAACUCGCCACUCAGAUACAACGCGUCGCCGAAGCUGGGACUUGGUAUCACAGAAGACACUAUUAACCAGCCAAAACGGACUCCUAAUGGUCAUGAUCAAGUACAGUCGCCCGGUAACGGAGCUCCACCCAAGCCAGCAAAGAGUUCGAGAAUCGUCAGUGGUCAAUUGAGUACCAAAGACCUACCUCAUUUGCCCAACAUGCUUGAUCUCCCAGCUGGACGCGAAUUGGCCAACUUCUUCGGCGACGUGCCUCAAUCAAACAACCAGUUGCAGUUGAACACUGAUACACAAACGAUUCUGGGAUCCCGCUCCGGAGAGUCUGAUAAGAUCAAGACUCUACGGACCUCGAUAAAAGAGAUCAAGUCUGAUGGUACUCUAAUUCCUCUACCAGCACAACAGGAGCACAUCUUGUUUGAAAGCUCUAUGUACAUCUGCACCCAUAUCUUCUACACUGCCAGCAUGACGAGGAUGGCUGAAGUGUACCUCUGGUGUGGUGACCGCAUAUCCGAGUCGACUAUCCUGGAGACCCAAGCACAUGCCAAACGCAUUGCCCGAGAGGCUGGUGUCGGUCAGAAGUCAACACAACUAUACAUUAUCGACCAAGCUCGUGAACCCGCGAACUUUUUCCAAGCACUUGGCGGCAUUGUGAUUACGCGUCGUGGUUCACGCGCAGAAAAUCUAAAAGAGCCAUACAUGCUUUGUGGUCGUCCACAUAUGGGUCAUAUUGCAUUCGAUGAGGUCGACCGCAGCAAGAGCAGCCUUUGCUCUGAAUACCCAUACAUUAUCGCCCGCCCUAUUACACUCCAGGAGACAAAGAUUUGGUUGUGGAAAGGCAGCGGUUGUGGAGCUACUGCCAUCGGAAGCACUCGGUUGAUCUCUAUGGACCUCAAUCCUGGAGGUGGCUUCACCGAGAUCGACGAAGGCAAGGAGACAGCCGAGUUUCUCGCAGAGAUUCAUGAUACUGGCGACACCAGUAUAUGUCAGUCGCCAGCACUCUGGAAGGGAAGAUGUGGUAACUGGGAGCAUUCUUCAGUGCGCCUGUUCAGGAUCGAAACGAAGGAGAAGCCUAAGCAGACCGCGGCCUCACUGUUCACGAGCUACUUCUCCCGCCGUCCCUCGUGGAGUGCGCCGAAGUCUCCUAACACCGAUCGACCCAACAGUGAUGGGUCAAGCAAAUCCCCCAAUACUGAUUUCGAGGCAUCAAUCUCGGAGAUAGCACCUUUCACCCAAGACGACCUGGAGCCAGAAGGUUGCUACGUCCUCGAUGCCAAUUCUGAGAUUUUGGUCUUGCCAGGACCCUUGCUUUCACAGCAAGGCUUGUGGCAACACGCGUUCGUACAAGCAUGUCUGUUCGCCCAUGACUAUGCUAUUCUGUCUGCUAGCCUGGAGGAUAGGCCCGCCAUUCCAAAGGCUAGAGUUGUUUUGGGUGGUCUGCUGAAGGAGGUCAAGGUCAAGUUUAGACGAUGGGAAGAGCGAAGAGGCCUUUGGGGAUCGGGUUCCUUGAUGGCUGGAAGAAUCACUAGUGGGGAAUUAGGUAUGAUUGAUGUAAGAGAUGUUUUGGGUGUUUGUUGCGGGCCUUGA